AUGACUCAUUUGAGGCUACUACCUAGGUACCUUGCCGCUAGAGCCUUUCUUUGCGUUGCAUUUUACCCGGGCCAGCCAGGCAUUGUGUUGGAUCAUGUGUCACGUCUUUUGCAACGCAGGCCACAUACGGUCAUACUGAGCCGACGUUGUGAUUUACUCGGUGGGUCCUCUAGGAGACCUAGCAAUCAUAUUUUCCUGUCCUUACCGGACAUGCAGGAUACGCACGGUAUAAUACAGCGGCGAUGCUAUCACAUUCCCAGUAAACAGAACCGGCCCAGGGCAACAUCCGUCGCCAGCAGAAUUGGUCCGGACUUCUUGAAUCAAUCCUGA